AUGAAAUCGAAUACAUAUCAUCCAGGUUUGCGAAACCACCCCAAUUUUAGUUAUGGUAAUUCUGCUAAUCAGUUGAACCCCAAUUUUCAGGUACCUAACCAAGGAGGUCAACAGUAUCAGAAUCGGCAAGGAAAUUACUCGCAAGGAGGUUACCAGAAUCGGGGUCAAUACAAUCAACGGCCUCAAGCCAACAACCAACAGCAAAAUCAAAGCAAUUAUCAAGGGAGUUGGAGGAAUCCAGGCAACCAGCAAGGUAAUUCUUCAGGUGGUGGAGGCGACUCGAAUGAUUCGAAGCUAGAUGCAAUCAUGUCAUUUAUGAAGGAUAUUCAGAAGGAUAAUGAGGUUAGAGACAAAACUUCGGAAGCAAUGCAGAAACAGUUGGGGCAGCUAGCAGAAGAUCUAGCUCAGCUGAGAAGAGACCCAGGUAAGUUGCCAAGCACUACCACAGUUAAUCCAACACAUCAGUCAUCUAGCUUAAAGAAUGGAAGAAAUGUGCACAUCAAUGCGGUAAGUGUUCGUCCAACUUUUGACACUGGUAGCGUUGAGGUAGCUCCACCAUCACAAGUAGUUGAGGAGGUGGUGGAGUAUGUUAAUACUGAAUCGGUUUCUCAACAUGAUCGGGACCCACCAAGGGAUGAAAGGUGGGAAAGCUUUAAACAAGCUAAAAUUAAUCUACCCUUACUUGAUGUGAUUAAAGAGAGUCCCGAUCAUGUUGAGUGUUUGAAAGAGUUAAGUACCCAAAAACGACUUCACAAGUUUCCUAAAAAACUUGAUUUGACUACAAACGUGAAUGCCGUUUUAUUGGGUACUCUUCCCCCCAAACUCCAAGAUCCAGGAGCACCCAUUAUUUCCGUACAAGUGGGUGAAUUUAAAAUAAAAAGGGCACUGUUGGAUCUUGGAGCGUGUGUUAGUAUUCUACCAGGGAGUCUGUAUGACCAAUAUGAUUUUGGUCCGCUACAUAAAGUCAACACCACCAUGGUGUUGGCUGAUCAGACUCCCAUGUGUCCGAGGGGGAUUGUAAGGGACGUAAUUGUGAAAAUAGAAGAGUGUUACUACCCAGGUGACUUCUUAGUUCUUGAUUGUGCCACAAGUUCAAAGAACACGCACCCUCCAGUCAUUCUGGGUAGACCGUUCUUAGCGACUGCUCAUGCAAUUAUAAACUGCGUUGAUGGAAGGGUAAGUAUGAAGUUUGGUGAUCGCGAAUUACGGUUAAAUGUGUUUUCAAAUGCUACUGAUCCUUUUAUUUCAGGUGAACGCUCAAAAGUUGAAAAUGGUGAUGAGAAUGUCUCUCCUGCAAAGGAGAUUCAAACAAAAUAUGAAUGCUUUUUGGUUGACAGGUUUGAAGUGGCAGGGAGUGAAGCAGUAAGGAAAAAGGAAAGUGUGGCGCAUGAGGAGUUUAAAACAGACAAAGGGGAGCGACGAGGGAAGAAGAAGAAAAAGAAACCGCCGGAAGUUGAUAAUGCAAAAAGGAGGUUAAAGUCAAUGUGGAAGACAGUGGACGACUUACUAGAGCAUUGGCGGGGUACCUACGUAGAGGCCACGGGACGCAAGCAUCCCACUCGACCACCAUAA